AUGGCGGGGUGUCGAUUCUACCACGAGAAUGUUAUAGAUCACUUUGAAAACCCUAGAAACGUUGGGUCCUUCAAGAGGGAGGAUCCCAACAUUGGCACAGGACUGGUUGGAACACCUGCCUGCGGGGACGUGAUGGCCCUCCAGAUUAAGGUCGAUGAGUCCGGUCACAUCACUGACGCUCGAUUUAAAACCUUUGGAUGUGGUGCCGCCAUCGCCGCUUCUUCCGUCGCUUCCGAAUGGAUCAAGGGCAAAACAAUAUCUGAAGUUGUGACCAUUAAGAACUCGUAA